GGAAAGUCAGUUGCGCUUGGGCGCUCGAGCGGUAACAAUCUGCGGUCUAUUUUCAACAUCGAUCUGGAACAAGUGCGAAUAAUUAAAGGAUAAAUCAAAGAGUGUCAAUAAAAAGUGUCGUCUAUCCAUCAUAAUGGAGCGGGAUGAGGUCUCCACCACGACCAGCGAGGGCAAAUCCCUGGAGGAGGCGCCCACGGCGGAGGGUCUGGAGCCCACGGAGCCCAUUGCCUUCCUGAAACUCUUUCGAUUCUCCACGUACGGCGAGAUCGCCUGGCUGUUCUUUGGGUUUAUAAUGUGCUGCAUCAAGGCCCUGACCCUGCCCGCCGUGGUCAUCAUCUACAGCGAGUUUACAUCUAUGCUGGUAGACCGUGCUAUGCAUUUCGGCACGAGCUCGAAGGUCCAUGCCUUGCCUCUUUUUGGAGGUGGUAAAACUCUUACGAAUGCAUCAAGGGUGGAAAACAGCGAAGCCUUAUAUGAUGAUUCCAUAUCGUAUGGCAUUCUCUUGACCAUUGCUUCAGUAGUAAUGUUCAUCUCAGGAAUUUUCUCCGUGGAUGUCUUUAAUAUGGUAGCUCUACGUCAAGUCACAAGGAUGCGGAUUAAGCUCUUCACAUCCGUGAUGCGUCAGGACAUCGGUUGGCAUGAUCUGGCGAACAAGCAAAACUUUACCCAGAGCAUGGUUGACGAUAUCGAAAAGAUUCGUGAUGGCAUCUCCGAGAAAGUGGGACACUUUGUGUACUUGAUUGUGGGUUUUAUCAUAACCGUUGCCAUAUCAUUUGGCUACGGCUGGAAGCUCACCCUAGCUGUGAGUUCUUAUAUACCUCUGGUGAUCCUGCUUAAUUACUAUGUAGCCAAGUUCCAAGGCCAGUUAACGGCUCGAGAACAGGAAUCCUAUGCAGGAGCUGGUAAUUUGGCAGAGGAAAUCCUGAGUUCCAUUCGCACUGUGGUCUCUUUCGGUGGUGAAAAGUCGGAGGUACAGCGCUACGAGAACUUUUUGGUCCCAGCUAGAAAGGCCAGUCAGUGGAAAGGAGCCUUUUCAGGGGUCAGUGAUGCUGUUUUAAAGGCCAUGUUGUAUCUAUCCUGCGCCGGAGCAUUUUGGUAUGGCGUCAAUCUUAUUAUCGACGAUCGAUAUGAGGAAGACAAGGAGUAUACGCCGGCUAUUCUGAUGAUUGCUUUCUUUGGCAUCAUUGUGGGUGCGGAUAACAUAGCCAGAACUGCACCAUUUCUGGAGUCCUUUGCCACCGCCCGUGGUUGUGCCACCAACCUGUUCAAGGUCAUCGAUCUGACCUCCAAGAUCGAUCCGCUUUCCACAGAUGGCAAGCUCUUGAACUACGGUCUUCGUGGUGAUGUGGAGUUCCAGGACGUCUUCUUCCGAUAUCCUUCACGUCCGGAAGUUAUAGUUCAUAGGGGACUAAACAUAAGGAUCAGAGCGGGUCAAACUGUGGCCUUGGUUGGUUCCUCGGGCUGCGGAAAGUCCACUUGCGUCCAGUUGCUCCAGAGGUUCUACGAUCCUGUUUUCGGUUCAGUGCUCCUGGACGAUCUGGACAUUAGGAAGUACAAUAUCCAAUGGUUGAGAUCGAAUAUUGCCGUUGUGGGUCAGGAACCAGUUCUAUUUUUGGGCACAAUAGCCCAAAACAUAAGCUACGGUAAACCAGGAGCUACACAAAAAGAGAUCGAGGCAGCUGCCACUCAGGCGGGGGCUCACGAGUUCAUUACUAAUCUUCCAGAGAGCUAUCGCAGCAUGAUUGGUGAGCGGGGCUCACAGCUCUCUGGAGGUCAGAAACAACGCAUAGCCAUCGCCCGAGCUUUGAUUCAGAACCCCAAGAUCCUGCUGCUGGAUGAGGCCACUUCUGCAUUGGAUUACCAAUCGGAGAAACAGGUCCAACAGGCACUGGACUUGGCCAGUAAAGGUCGUACAACCAUUGUAGUUUCCCAUCGACUAUCAGCUAUUCGGGGUGCAGAUAAAAUUGUCUUUAUUCAUGAUGGCAAAGUCUUGGAGGAGGGCUCCCACGAUGAUCUAAUGGCUCUUGAGGGUGCCUAUUACAACAUGGUUCAUGCUGGCGACAUCAACAUGCCCGAUGAGGUGGAAAAGGAGGAGACCAUUAAGGAAACCAAAAGAAAAAGCCUGGCUCUGUUUGAGAAGUCUUUUGAGACCAGUCCCCUGAACUUUGAGAAAGGUCAGAAGAACAGCGUUCAGUUUGACGAACCCAUUAUAAAGGCACUCAUAAAGGACACCAAUGCCAAGAUAGUUGAGGCUCCUCCCGAGAAACCCAACUUCUUCCGCACGUUCUCAAGGAUCCUAAAGCUUGCCAGACCCGAGUGGUGUUACCUGAUCCUGGGAACCAUCAGCGCCAUAGCCGUGGGCUGUUUGUAUCCUGCAUUCUCCAUCAUCUUUGGUGAAUUCUAUGCAGCCCUGGCUGAACAGGAUCCGAAUGAGGCCCUAAGUCGUACGGCUGUGCUUUCCUGGGCUUGUUUGGGCCUGGCCUUCCUCACUGGAUUAGUCUGCUUUCUGCAAACCUAUUUGUUCAACUACGCAGGCAUUUGGUUGACAACCAGAAUGCGAGCCAUGACUUUCAAUGCGAUGGUGAGCCAGGAAGUUGGAUUUUUCGACGAUGAGAAUAACUCGGUGGGAGCUCUAUCCGCUCGCUUGUCCGGUGAGGCAGUUGGUGUCCAGGGAGCCAUUGGAUAUCCCUUGAGCGGGAUGAUACAGGCCCUAUCCAACUUUAUAUCGAGUGUCAGCGUUGCCAUGUACUACAACUGGAAAUUGGCCCUCUUGUGUUUGGCCAAUUGUCCCAUCAUUGUGGGAUCUGUCAUCCUGGAAGCCAAGAUGAUGUCUAAUGCUAUAGUAAGGGAGAAGCAGGUGAUUGAGGAAGCUUGUCGCAUUGCCACCGAAUCCAUAUCCAACAUACGCACUGUUGCCGGUUUGAGGAGGGAGGCGGAUGUUAUCCGCGAGUACACUGAGGAGAUCCAGAGAGUGGAGGUGUUGAUCCGCCAAAAGCUAAGAUGGCGAGGAGUCCUUAACUCCACCAUGCAGGCAUCGGCAUUCUUUGCUUAUGCUGUGGCCCUUUGCUACGGAGGUGUUUUAGUGUCCGAAGGUCAGCUGCCCUUCCAGGAUAUUAUCAAGGUAUCGGAAACCUUGCUGUAUGGUUCCAUGAUGCUGGCCCAAUCCCUGGCCUUUACCCCUGCCUUCUCUGCUGCUCUGAUCGCGGGUCACCGCCUCUUCCAAAUCCUAGAUCGCAAACCCAAGAUUCAGUCACCCAUGGGUACUAUCAAGAAUACUCUCGCCAAGCAGUUAAAUCUUUUUGAGGGUGUACGUUAUCGGGGUGUUGAAUUCCGAUACCCCACACGACCUGAUGCAAAGAUUCUCAAUGGUUUGGAUCUGGAGGUGCUCAAGGGUCAAACGGUGGCCUUGGUGGGUCAUUCCGGGUGUGGAAAGUCCACUUGUGUGCAGCUGCUACAGCGCUACUACGAUCCCGAUGAGGGGUCUAUACACAUAGAUCACGAUGACAUUCAACAUGAUCUGACCCUGGAGGGAGUAAGGACCAGAUUGGGUAUAGUCUCCCAGGAACCUACUCUUUUCGAACGGUCGAUAGCUGAGAACAUAGCCUAUGGCGACAAUCGUCGAUCGGUUUCCAUGGCGGAGAUUAUGGCUGCAGCCAAGAGUGCCAAUGCUCAUAGUUUUAUCAUUUCCCUGCCCAAUGGCUACGAUACUCGGAUGGGAGCCAGAGGCACUCAAUUGUCUGGUGGUCAAAAGCAACGUAUUGCCAUUGCCAGGGCUCUGGUGCGGAAUCCCAAGAUCCUACUCCUCGACGAAGCCACCUCAGCCCUGGAUUUGCAAAGUGAACAGCUGGUCCAACAGGCCUUGGAUUCCGCCUGCUCCGGGCGAACCUGUAUCGUCAUAGCUCAUCGUCUGUCCACCGUCCAGAAUGCGGAUUUGAUCUGUGUGAUCCAAAAUGGUCAGGUAGUGGAGCAGGGUAACCACAUGCAACUGAUUUCCCAGGGCGGAAUCUAUGCCAAGCUGCACAAGACCCAAAAGGAUCAUUUGAUGACGAUGACGGAGACCCGUGAAGAUGUUCCUGCUGCAGAUGCGGAUGAGACUGCGCCGGAGGCCCAGAAAAAGGGCAAGUCCAAGGAGAAAGCCCCGCCGAUGAUCAACUACACUCAGCUCUUCCGAUACAUCGGUGGAUGGGAUUAUGUCCUGCUCCUGUCCGCCUUUGUGGCGGCCCUACUCCAAUCCCUGGUCUAUCCCAUUGCCAUUGUGGUCUACAGCGAACUGGUGGCCAUGUUCAUCGAUAGGACUCUGGGCCAGGGAACCAGUUCGGUCACCAUCGGAUUGUCCCUUUUUGGAGGCGGAAAGAUACUCACAAAUGCCUCGUACGAGGAGAAUAUGCAGGAGCUGCGAAAGGAUAGUGUAUCCUUCGGCAUACUCAUGACCCUGAAUACCCUACUGAUGCUUUUCUCUGGAGUUUACUAUGUGGAUGCAUUCAACAGAUUGGCUCUGAAGCUCACAGUUCGCAUGCGUAGGGAAUUCUUCAAGGCCACCUUGAGGCAAGAAAUCGGCUGGCAUGACAUGGCCAAGGAUCAAAACUUUGCAGUGCGCAUUACAGACAACAUGGAGAAAAUACGCAGUGGCAUAGCAGAGAAUCUGGGUCAUUAUGUGGAAAUUAUGUGUGAAGUGAUUAUCAGCGUGGUUCUAUCUUUUAUUUAUGGAUGGAAACUGGCUCUGGCAAUAGUGUUUUAUAUUCCCCUAACAUUAGUGGUCAACUCGGUAGUGGCCCAUUACCAAGGAAAACUCACGGGGCAGGAGCAGAGUUCCUAUGUGCGGGCCAGCUCUGUAGUUGAGGAAGUAAUCGGUGCCAUCCGGACUGUGGUGGCAUUUGGGGGAGAACGAACCGAGUCCGUGCGCUAUGAUACCCUCCUGAAACCCGCUCUCAGGGCUGGAAAAUGGAAGGGAGUCUUCUCCGGACUGAGCGACACGGUGAUGAAGGCCAUGUUGUUUAUCACAGGAGCGGGAUCAUUUUGGUACGGAGCAAAUUUGAUCCUAUUCUACCGUGAUCCAAGUAUUCCCAUCAACGAACGGGAGUACACGCCAGCGGUUGUGAUGAUUGUGAUAUCGGGAAUAAUCGUGAGUGCCAAUCAAAUAUCCCGUACAUCUCCAUUCCUCGAAACCUUUGCCAUGGCUCGAGGAUCGGCAUCGGCAAUAUUGGAGGUCAUCGAUCGCACUUCCCUUAUUGAUCCACUCUCCAAAGCCGGCAAAAUUCUCAACUACGGCCUGAAGGGAUCUGUUGAGUUCCGUGAUGUGUUCUUUCGAUAUCCCGCCCGAGAAGAUGUAAUUGUCUUGAGGGGUCUUAAUGUAAUUGUGGAAGAAGGACAAACUGUGGCCUUGGUGGGUCCUUCGGGUUGUGGAAAGUCCACUUGCAUACAGCUCUUGCAGCGCUUUUAUGAUCCAGUUUUUGGACAAGUUCUGUUGGAUGGUGAGGAUGUACGGAAGUAUAACCUGAACUGGCUGCGUUCGAAUAUUGCCGUGGUGGGUCAGGAACCGGUGCUCUUCCAGGGAACCAUUGGGGAGAAUAUCCGUAAUGGGAAACCAGAAGCCACACAAAAGGAAGUUGAGGACUCCGCCAAAGCUGCCAAUGCUCAUGACUUUAUUGUAGCCUUGCAUAAGGGCUAUGAUACGGAUAUCAGCGAGAAGGGAGUACAACUUUCUGGAGGUCAGCGUCAGCGUAUUGCCAUCGCCAGAGCUCUGAUCCAGCAGCCCAAAAUUCUGCUUUUGGAUGAGGCCACCUCAGCCUUGGACUACCAUGCCGAGAAGCUAGUCCAGGCUGCUCUGGACAAGGCCUGCAAGGGUAGAACCACCCUGGUGGUGUCCCAUCGCCUUUCGGCUAUUAGACACGCUCAUCGGAUUGUUUAUAUUGAAAAUGGCAAAGCCGUGGAGCAGGGUACCCACGAGGAGCUGAUGAAGCUGGAGGGAUUCUAUCACAAAAUGGUCACCGUGCAUUCCUAUGAUGAUUCCGCCGAGGAGCUACUGAACGAACUGGAAGAAGAGGCCGAGAACAAGGAGAGAAAAAUGUCCUAUGAGGUUGAACAGUUCCAACUGGGCACGCGUAACUCUAUAGUGUCGCUGGGAAAGAAUGCGGAGUUCCAGAUGAAGAACCUGAAUGGUCUAGCCAACCCAACUCUGAAUCAGGAACUAGAGAAACCGGGUAGUCCAUCUGGGAAUUAUCUCCGUACCUUCUUUCGAAUUUUGGGUUGGGCAAGGCCCGAAUGGAGUUUCCUCAUCAUUGGCGCCAUUUGUGCUGGUCUAUUUGGAGUCACCAUGCCGGUGUUUUCCGUUAUCCUAGCGGAAUUAUAUGGUUCGUUGGCCAAACCUACUGACGAGGAGGUUCUCGAACAGAGUGCCUCCAUGGCCAUCAUCUCCCUGGUGAUUGGAGUUGCAGCUGGCGUGGUGUGUUUCGUCCAGACAUUUUUCUUUAAUCUAGCCGGAGUCUGGCUAACCAUGCGAAUGAGAUCCAAGACAUUCAGUAGCAUCAUGCACCAGGAGAUGGGAUGGUUCGAUCGCAAGGAGAACAGUAUUGGAGCUCUGUCUGCCCGACUCUCUGGAGAUGCGGCUAGUGUUCAGGGAGCCAUCGGUUUUCCCUUGAGCAACAUCAUCCAGGCGUUCACCAACUUUAUAUGCAGUAUUUCGAUUGCCUUUCCAUACUCCUGGGAACUGGCCUUAAUCUGCCUGAGCACCUCACCCUUCAUGAUAGCCUCCAUUGUGUUCGAGGCGCGAUUUGGAGAGAAGUCCGCUUUGAAGGAGAAGGCGGUCCUUGAGGAGACGAGCCGCAUAGCCACGGAAACUAUAACUCAAAUCCGAACAGUCGCAGGACUUCGACGGGAGGAGGAGCUCAUUAAGAUAUACGACAAGGAGGUGGAGAGAUAUCGGGUGCAGAUUCUCAGUCGUCUGAAAUGGCGUGGACUGGUCAAUUCCAUGGGUAAAUCCCUCAUGUUCUUUGGCUAUGCAGUGACUUUAACUUAUGGUGGGCAUAUGUGUGCCGAUGGCAAUAUUAAAUUUGAGACUAUUAUGAAAAUAUCCAACACAAUGCUGUAUGGCUUGUUUAUACUGGCCCAAUCUCUUGCAUUUACUCCUGCCUUCAAUGCCGCACUCCUUUCCGCGAAUCGCAUGUACGAGAUCAUUGAUCGCAAGCCAACGAUCCAAUCACCCGAAUCCUACGAGAUCCAGCAGAAUGGCAAUGGAUCCGCUUACAAGACAAAUGUGGUCCAACAAGGAGUUAGCUAUCGGGGUCUCAACUUUUCCUAUCCUUCAAGACCCCACAUCAAAGUGCUGCAAAACUUCAAUCUGGAUAUAAACCAGGGUCAAACGGUGGCCUUGGUGGGUGCCUCGGGAUCGGGAAAAUCCACCUGUGUCCAGCUAUUGAUGCGAUACUACGAUCCCGAUGAGGGAAAGAUUCUUAUAGAUCAGGAGAGCAUCCACCACGAUAUGGAACUGAAGACUCUUCGCCGUCGGUUGGGAAUUGUUUCCCAGGAACCUUCGCUGUUUGAGAAGUCCAUUGCCGAAAAUAUUGGUUAUGGGGACACCACGCGGCAAGUGCCCAUGCAGCAAAUUAUUGAGGCUGCCAAAAUGGCCAAUGCCCAUGAGUUCAUUAUGUCCCUGCCUGCCCAAUAUGAUACGGUGUUGGGCUCCAAGGGAACCCAACUGUCCGGUGGACAAAAGCAACGGAUUGCAAUUGCGAGGGCGAUGGUAAGGAAUCCCAAGAUCCUGCUGCUAGAUGAAGCAACCUCUGCACUAGAUUUCCAAAGUGAAAGGGUGGUUCAACAAGCUUUAGACUCGGCGUGUUCAGGUCGCACCUGCAUUGUAAUAGCUCAUCGCCUGUCCACCAUUCAAAAUGCCAAUGUGAUUUGUGUGAUUCAAGCCGGAAAAAUAAUGGAGCAGGGAACUCAUGCUCAACUACUGGCCAGGAAUGGCAUCUAUUCCAAGUUGUAUCGCAGUCAGACGAAAGCCUCUUAAAAGAACUUGGAAAAAGUCUUUGAUGGAGAAUUACGAAUGGCUAAGCACGGAAGUAUGCAAUAAAUAUUUUUUAGUUGUUAGUUGAGACACAAACCAAACUGCUUUCGCCGAUAAGCAAUAAAACGUUAGGAAUAGUUGUUAAAUAAAUUAAUAUAAAGAUAAACAAUUAUCUCAAA